GAAUUAUAUAGGCCCCUUUUGCUUUGAUUUGGCACUCUGUCGGGGUAGUUUACAUUGGCCAAUGGGAUGCAGAAAUAACCAUCCCAUUGUGGUGUUGAGACUGAGGAGAAUCCCAACGUCAAUUAUUAUUUUUAUUUUUUUAUUAAUUCUAUCUGAUUCGAUUUGAAAAUUAAAAAUGACUUACAUAAGCUAUUUUUAAACUGUUUUUUUUUUUUUUACAAAUUAAUGGAUGGUUUGUUUAAAGCAAACUCUUCAGGUAGGAUACUGACCGCCCCAGCGCCCCAUACAAGACCAUCCACCACUGGGUAUAGUGAAGUGGUCUAAGUGUGAUGAGUCUUAUCCACCUGGCCGUGGUGGCAUCAGCAUCGGCUGGAGACCCCAAGUACCAGAAUAAACAACAAACAACAACACACUCGUCAUUUACACACUCCCACGACUUGCAACCCAUUCAGCCCUUGUACCUCUGUACUCGUUCUUCCGCUCGGGCUGUUAUAGCCAUUGAUGUUUUAUAUUACUUCUGCACCACCCUCAUAUGAAAGAUGCUCUGCCACCCGAUUAUGCACUACCCUGCCAAGCCACGCCGUUGCACCCCCAGUUGCCAGAACAUUGCUCCCUGGACAGAAGCUCCCUUCACUCUGCUGCCCGGAUAUGGAAACUGCCUCCCUGAACACAUUCUCGGCGAAAUCACUGAUUCUGGUGUUCAGGCCUUCAAAUGCCGAGCACAUGGACAUCUUCUAACUUCACCUUUGAGCUGCAGUGAACCAAUGAUUAUGCCUAUUAGAUGGGCCAAUGUCUGAUAUGGCUAUUGUUCUCAAUUGCACCCAAUAAAAAAAAUGUGUUACAAAAAAAACAAUACUGCUCACUGUGGGGCUGUCUGGCACUUUUAGAACAGUUCCAAAGGGGCUUGCAGCACUCCAGACAUUGAGAUCAUAUUGGUCUUCAUUAAGCCGUAGAUAUUGUUAUUUCACCAGCCAUGCGACCAUUAUGCAGCGUACAUGACUUCAGCCGUCUACUUAAUUUUUAAAAUUAAGGACUAAGCAGCACAGCCCUGCAGGUGAUUAUACUAAAACACCUCAAAAUAUGCAUAGGCAUGGGAUUAUGUAACCCUUUUCAAUAUUCUUUUGUCUUCGGAAGUAUAAAAUUAUCAGUAUGGAGGCUGAUAAUUUGAUGGGUAUAAAUAACGCGAUCUAACCCAAAAACCUUUGUUAUAAAUAAUAUUGGUCGCGAAAGCCUACGCGUUAAACUGAUGGGUAGCUCUCUGUGCAAAAUGUAUUUUCUUCCAAUAGUUUUUUUUCUCUGGUUUUAGUAUACAAAUUUAGGACAACCAUUUGAUACAUUUUACAUAAUAGUUAACAUAACUUUAUUUUAUAGAUUGAUUCACGUGGAAUUGUCUUCGCCAAAGUCAUCAUGCCCCCUGUUACGGUUCGACAUAUAGCGCCAUUGCAUACUUUCAACUAUAUUUCCAUCUUAUUUUUUUUAUUUAAGCAUGAAAAGUAACUGUAUUUGUUGGUAAAGGCACAGCCCUGUAAUUGCUUGUUCAUGCCACUGGUGGCAGAAGGGCUUCUACUGGAGGCAGGCCUAGAGAGCCCAACUUGAGGGUAUUUGACCUACUCUUUCAUUUUGAUGCCAUAUGUGUGACCUGCCGAUCGACUAACUGAGGCACUCAUUUAUGUUGUUGGUUGUAAAGAGGUGGGGGGAUAUUAGUAACAUGCCCAUCAUUUUAACUACUGCACUGGAAGAUUGAACUUAACUUGUGAACUCUGGAUUUCAAGUCAAUUGUACGGAGCAUUACACCACGGGACCUUACACAAAAAAGUAUAGACUGAGUAUAAAGCAGAAUUUCCUAUUAAAUUUCGAUUUAAAGCUUUCGUGACUGCAGGGAUUCAUAUUCUUGGUUCUUUCGGUAAAGUCACCACGUAGAAGGGAAAUGAUAAAAUAAUAAAAAUAAAACAAUAAAAUUCUCACGACGUUUCGAUUGCAACACAAGCAAUCAUUUCCCUUCUACGUGACUUUACCGAAAGAACCAAGAAUAAGAAUUUCCUAUUAUACUUUAGUCUGAGCUAGGAUUCCACGACCGAUAGUGUUUGGUAAACGGAACGAGUUUUGAUGUAAUCAACAGUUUGAUUCCCACAGUUGCUCAUACAUUUUUGUCGGAAUUACAACACCAUCACAUUUGCUUUAAAAUAUAUGUUCAAAGCCCCUUGGUUCUAUUCAAAAUAAAGCAUCAGUUCACUGUGAACUCAUAUCUCAAAUUUGAGAAUUAACGGCAACCAAAUAUCAAAAGUAACAAAAGCGCAUUCUGUUUGCGCAAAGAAAUCUCCCUUGGCUGUCACGGGGUUAAAUAAAGUACAUUGAAAAUAAAUUGUCAUGUAUUUUAUAUAUGUGAUAGAAAUAGCUAGGUGAAGCAAAAAAAGCAAGCAUCCCACAGAAUUUGAGGAAAGUUUCAGAUGGUGCAAAUCAAUGUCUGGUACACAGACAAGUAAACUAUAGAGUAAUCAAUUCGAGAACAGCACCGGGAGUUGGGUCAGCGAAUGGAUGCUUUUAGAGCUUCUGCACUUUAGCUUGGACUUAAUUAAAAUGUGGGAGGAAGGGGGCAGUUGGUGAAAAGGGAGCCAAGGGAAUGGUGUGCCAGACCUAGCGAACUACCAACGAGAAUGAGUGACCGCCCGAGGUUUUAAUGGGAUGUUGUGGAGAGAGAAAGAAGAGGGGACAGCCUUUUCCACAGUCGGUAUUUUGCUCCACUCGCUUUUGCUGACCGUCACAUUGUCCUGGAGCCUAGGGACAGCUUUUUAACACGAGGUAAUUGGCUCCACUCGCCUUUGCUGCUUUUAACAACAACUUGCCAUGCAUGGUGAUUGCCCAUUCAAGCACUAUCCAGGCUGAAUGCUGCUUAGAUUCUCCGAGUUCUGACGAUUGAACUUGUCAUACGCCUAAUGCAGCAGUCUGCAAUGCAAGGCCCACGGGCCACUGGCGGCCUUUAGUGCGGCCCCUGACGCACACCCCCAUCGUGCUGCUGUCAAAGCCCAACGGUUUCAGUUGCGUGGCAGCACUCACACUGAUGACGUCUUGUCGGCGAAAGUGGCCCCCCUCUGAAAAUUCGUAAAGAACACUGGUCUAAUGUAAAGGCAUAUUUGGCGAUGUGCAAUUCACAACAAAAACCCAAUCUCAUUUGUCAACGCUGCCUUUAAAAUAUAUAAUCGGUGACGUUUUGGGCAAUUGCCCUUUGUUAUGAAUGAGGUUCAUUGCCCAAAACGUCGCCAAAUAUAUAAAUAUGUUUUUUAAGACAGUGUUAUUAAAUGGAUGUUUUGAGCUCUUUGUGCAGGUGUAAUGUGAGGAGGCAGUGUUUCUUUUGAUAGAUAAAUGCUGAACACAUUUUACACGGAUGUGCAGGUUUGUUGGUGUGCAUUUAAUCAUAUAUUAUAGGUGUGCAGGUAGCCAUAUGAGGAACAUAGAUUCAUUAUUGGAUAGGCAGGAUGGUAGUUGUUUAGUUUACGUGAAGCUUUUAUUUUUAUUUUACCAGAGGACUUGGAGAAGCAAAAAAAAUGGGGCAUUGCAGUUACAAGAGUAAGGCUUACAAAAUUUUUUACCAAGAAAAAUAGAGGGCAUAACCAGUCCUGCCAUAACAUUACUCUUGCAGGAUAUCACGUUUUGUAAAUGUGUAAAAUUAAAUAAUAUAAUAACAGGUUAACAAUUGCAACAAGGAACUAUUUCAACUGAAAAGGCAAGUCAAUUGUUGUAUCAUUAAACACCGCACAGUCAUGAGAGGAGACGUCUUAAGUUUCCUGUGUUAUCGCCCUUAAUACAAAAAAUAAGUUUACAGUCAAAGUGGAAUUGAAAAAGAUGCAUUUGUCAAAUUCCUUCGGUGCCACGAGUGUGUUGAUUUCAUUUAUGUUGUUGUCUUGCAGCUACUGUUGCUGGAGAAGUUGGUGCAGUGGCUAAGAUUACGGUGGUGUGAAAACGCAAACCACCUGCGGUGGCAACUCUUGCAAACGACCACUCGAACCACCUCGAUCCUGCCGGCCGGUCGCCCCCAACACGCCAGCCGCUCCCUGGCGAUUCCGGCGUCACCAGGACGAGCGCGUGCCCAGAGUUCCCAGGAAUCAGCGCGGCCAAGCAUCGGUGAGUCCCGGCAUUUAGUCGACGUCACGUCGCCGGUUCAUCCGAACGUGGGGGGAGGGCUCCAGUCUGCGAGGCCGACGUGAGGAGAGAGCGCCAGAAUGACUUGCUUCAAGCUCGACUUCCUGCCCGAGAUGAUGGUGGAGCACUGCUCUCUAAACCCCUCCAAGAGCAGCCUCAACAAGUCCACGAUGAACGGGAGCUUGGAGCACAUGGAGCAGCCGGACCCGGACGCCAUCAAGAUGUUCGUGGGGCAGGUGCCUCGCGCCUGGAGCGAGAAGGAGCUCAAGGAGAUGUUCGAGUCGUUUGGCCCCGUCUACGAGAUCAACGUCCUGCGCGACCGCACACAGAACCCCCCGCAGAGCAGAGGCUGCUGUUUCGUGACCUUUUACACCCGCAAGUCGGCAUUGGACGCCCAAAAUGCCCUGCACAACAUCAAGACUCUCCCUGGGAUGCACCACCCAAUUCAGAUGAAGCCAGCUGACAGUGAAAAGUCAAAUGAGGACCGGAAGCUGUUCAUCGGGAUGGUGUCCAAAAAGUGCAACGAGGGCGACGUGCGGGUCAUGUUCUCUGCGUUCGGACACAUCGAGGAGUGCCGCGUGCUGCGUGGACCCGACGGCCUCAGCCGGGGUUGUGCUUUUGUAACGUUUUCCACGAGAGCCAUGGCGUUGAAUGCCAUCAAGGCGAUGCACCAAUCCCAGACCAUGGAGGGCUGCUCGGCGCCGCUCGUCGUCAAGUUCGCCGACACGCAGAAGGACAAGGAGCACAAGAGGCUGCAGCAGCAGAUCUCGCAGCAGAUGCAGCAACUCAACGCCUGGGGUGGCAUGGCCGGCAUGGGAGCGCUGGCACCGCAGUACCUGGCGCUUUACCUGCAGCUUCUGCAGGCAGCUGCUACAGGAAAUCUGGGAGCCUACGGGAGUCUCCAGCAGAUGGCCGGUCUCAACGCCAUUCAGCUGCAGAACCUCUUGGCUUUGGCAGCAGCAGCUGCGUCACAGUCUCCCGGCUCGGGGUCCUCGGGCGGCGGGCUCGGCUCGUCCACGGGUGGCCUCGGCGCUCUCGGAGGUGCCGGUGGCAGCUCCUCCAGCUCCUCCAGCUCCGGUGUCGGCUCCAUGGGCUCGCUGGCCGGGCUGCAGGGCCUUGGGGGCAACUCGGCGCUCAGCACCAUGGGCGCUCUGGCAGCUGCACUGGAGUCCUUUCACCUCCACUCGCAAGGUAUGGGCUCGCUCAAUGGCGGCCUGGGGGGCUCGGGUCUCUCCAAUGGCACGGGCGGUGCCGGUGGAGGGGGAGGAGGCGGUGGCGGUGGAGGCGGUAUGGAUGCACUGAACCAGGCGUACUCCAGCAUUCAGCAGUACGCCGCCUCUGCUUUGCCCGGCCUCUACAGCCACAACCUGGUGCAGAGCCAGGGAGUGGCGGGCAGCCAGAAGGAGGGCCCCGAGGGAGCGAACCUGUUCAUCUACCACCUCCCCCAGGAGUUUGGAGACCAGGACCUCAUGCAGAUGUUCGUGCCGUUCGGCGCAGUCAUUUCGGCCAAGGUGUUCAUCGACAAGCAGACCAACCUCAGCAAGUGCUUCGGUUUCGUGAGCUAUGAUAACCCGGUGUCAGCCCAGGCCGCGAUCCAGGCCAUGAACGGCUUCCAGAUCGGCAUGAAGCGUCUCAAGGUGCAGCUCAAGCGCAACAAGAGCGACGGCAAGCCUUACUGAAGGGUCGUCUCCCUCCCUCCAACUCCUCUCCGCCCUCACUCUGUCUCGCCAUCACCUGGUCCAUCCUGCCGAUCGCUAAUUCCCACUCUCGAUUUCACUCCUCCAUCCCUCCUUCCCUCUCAGCAUCUCUCGUUUUUACCUUGAUCCAUGUUCGACUCAUCCCACGCACCAUCUUUAUCCCCUUUUAGUCUUCCCUUUCUGCAUCUCUUCCCUCUCUCCAAUCUUUCGCUCUUCCACACUCUCUCUCUCUUCAUCUUGCUGUCUUCCCAUCACCGGAUCUCUCUCCCUAUAUCCUCCGGGCUGUCCUCCGUUGCUCCUCCCAAUCUCCCCGUCGCACUUCCAUCUCCCUUGUGGCCGGAGGGUUUCCACGUCCACCUUUACCCCUCCUCCUCCUCCUCUUUGUUUCCUGUGCUUGGUAACUGCCAGCAUAGCUCAUUAACAAUAACGGGGCUUUAACUACUUAACGAGUAUAACACUUUUGACAUGGCCGCACUCUCGCUAUCUCUUCUUGUUGGUGUUUUUUUAUUUUUUAAAGAGCUCUUGUUCUUUUUUUUUGAUGUGCGUUUAAGGAAGUAAAAAAGUAUUCAUUUUCUUUUGAGAGAAGUUUGUUUUAGGUGUUACCGUCUCAAAGUUGAAUUAUAUAUAGAUGCAUAAUAUACAUUUUUUUUUGUUCGUUUUUAGUUUGGUUUAUUGUUAACGGUUUUUCCGCUUAAGUAACGUAUUGGCCACCUUUACGCGCGGUGAUGUGUGUGCGUGUUUUUUCUUGUCCUUUGUUUGCUGUGCGGUUUUUGAGGUGCAUUCUCGUAUCCCGUCUAGGAGCUCACGCCCCAGGUGUGUUUACAAUAGUGCCAUUAGGGCACCCGCGGGCUUCCUCGUAGUGCAAGUCGCCAAGUGUGACCCCGAGAUUGUGGGAUCGCAGUUACAAUCGUGCGCAAAAAUUUCUCGCCCUGAUAUUGUGCAGAUUUCUCCACGUGUUUUUUUCUAAUUUUAUUUAAAUCAAACUAAACAAAUCUAAAUCGCCCUAAAAUAACGGGGUAUCUAUUUUUUUGUUUGUUUAAAACGAUGGUGUGUGUUUUUUUACGUGCAAAAUAGAUUUUAAUUUCGUUCAUUUUGUUUUGAUAAGACUAUCAAAAUAAAUGGAAUCACAUUUCAUUAAAACGGGGGAUGUUUUUUUUUUACCCUUGGGGAUUUUCAGAAAUUGUGUAGUAUCCAAUUUUACGGGAUGCUUUAAUAUUGCACAAUUUGUUGUGGGAUUCCGACCAAUAAUAAUCUGAUUUAUUAAUAUUGUAAACUCUUAAAAUUAGAGAUUUUUAUUUAUAUCCCAGCAUUUCACUUUGUUUCGUGGAAUUAGCAACGAUAUCACCAUCAACGUUAUGGGACACUUCGUAACUGUUGGAUCUCUGUCAAAGUUGUGAGAUGUAGAUAUGUUUAUCUCUGUCAUAGGACUUUCCCAUAAUUGUGGUGGAAUCUCAAACAUCGUAGAAUCUCGACUCAAAUCUCCGCGAUUUUCUCGAAUCGUCGGGAUGUCUUGAAAUUGUGGGAUCUCCCAGAAAAUCGAAAAUUUGUAUCCCGAGAUGGCGAGAUCUCUCGCGACCGUAAUAUUGCAGGUGGAUGGCGCGUGUUUGUUUUUAGGUUGCGCGCCCGGUGCCUCAUGCCCUCCCUGUCUCCUUGUGUUCUUGGUUGAGUCCUAAAAAAAAAUUACGCUUUUGUGAGCCUCAGAAAUGUGUGCAGUGCUGUACUCGAUUUCCUUCAGCAAACGAUUUGCCCGAGAGAAGAAAAAAAAUUGUGUUUGGUUUACAAUUUAUGUUGUCUGUUGAGCCACAGUGUGGGGCCUCCCUUCUUUUUUAGCAGGGAAAUUGCAACAGGGUAAAACGGAAGAAUAAACAGCAAGAGGAAUGACGUCGUCUUUAUAUACAUGUCCCUAUGUUCACACACAUAUGCUUUGAAAUAUUUGGGUAAAAUCUUUUUUUAAUUUCUGAACGGCUACGUGUAAUGUGAUCAAUCAUUCCACAAAUAGGCUUCAUCGCCUUUUCGAAGGAGGAAAUGGGUCGGAGCCGUCAGAGCCAGAAUAGGAUCACAUUUGAAUCUUACCCUGGUCCUUCAGAUCCAUGCUGCGUUGCCACGGCCACCAGGAUGGGUGCUGCCUCGGUUCGCAAACUGGGUGCUCGCCGAGUCGUUCCCAAGUAGAGCCCUGCCGUUGUUAGCGCGACAUUUGACAUUUUGCCCCGCCGCGCUGGGAGCUUCUUUGCAAACUUAUUCGGGAAAAUAUUCAAGAACGUCGUCGGGGGUAUCCUCAAGAAGCUCUCAACACGUAUGGAGCGAAACGUCGGACAUCGUGCCGAACAGCACGCGGCGGAGCCCGGAAACGCGUUGGGAGAGCGACACGGCACAAACGCAGAACCCCCCCCCCACGCAGUAGCGAAAUCACAGGUGGCUGGCUGCACCUCCUUUGUAAAUGGAUGUGAUAAGCAUUCUGGCACGAAGGCAAAAAAAUACCUCCUCGGGUGAUAGUUUUUGUUUGUUUGUGUUCAAUUUGCCGUAAGGACUGUGGCAUCGCAUAAUAAAGAAGAGCAAAUAUCAUUUGGGGAGACGUUCUUGUACUGCCGACACAAUUUUCACGCUUGUUUUUUCACUCAAUAUCUACGAUUGCCGUAUUUUCCCGGACUAUAAAACGCUCCGGAAAGUAAAACACGGGCAGAACUUACGUCUUAUAAUCCGGAUAAAUACGGUAGUUGUGUCUUUGUUGAAGUGUUUGUGUAGUUUUAGAAAGUUGUGGCACUGUAUUAAGGUAUUACUUUUUUAUCCAAACAUUUCGAAGCUAAUAUACAUAUAUAUGUGCAAAGACACGCGUGCAGGAUCUUGUGCAGGAAUAGUCAUUAAUUGCAGACAGACGUUUACAGAAAUUAAAUGAAUAUACAAAAUAUUUAGCUGUGAGGGAGAGAGUGCUGGUGUUUGUUUUUUUUGCCCUAGGUACAGAGGGCUUUUUGUAAAUUAGGAUUUAUACUAUGGCUGUGUCUAUUAACUCAAAUUAUCAAUAUUCUAAUACUGCUACAAGAUCGAUCGAUCUGUGGAUCGAUCUUUGGCAAUUGUUCUCGAUACCCAACGAAAUUUAUACAUUACAGAUUAUGUUAAAAUAAACAUAACGCUACUUUUGAUCUCAAACCCUCCACAUCUCCACGUAAUAAUGCGAACCCCUUUACACUAAAUCCUAUCGCUCACCUUACAUUUGACCUUUAGUUCAAUCCAUAACCAUGAACUUUAAACCCCUGAAGGCCUCUGAAUGUUAGGAUGCACACAAUGAACGGUUGUGUCCAAGAGUUGCUGUGGAGCCAGGGCAUCAACAGCGGUGUGCUGCAAAAUCUGUGGCCACAACAGGAAAGACGACAGACUGCCCUUAGGCUAUCCUAGCAGAGAGCUCGUUGUUUAAAUUCGUUCAAUAUAUUAGUCAGGGUCUUUAUUAGGAGUAGGCCUCCACAUGCAAGUAAAAUAUAUAUUGAGGCCAUCAGUCUCCUGACUUUGCAGACCAAAAUCCAGCAGCAUGAGGUUAAUUCUGCAAGCAGACCAUGGACCAGUUUCAGCCUCCCGAGCCUCAUCAGCAGUCAGGCUUCUUUAAUAAACGCCGCAGGGUUGAUAUGAUGAUAUUGAGUAUCAUAUCUAAACGACGGAACCCUGUUCAAUGCAAAAAGUUAUACAAUUCGGACUAAAUUAACCCUUUAGAAGAAAACUCAUUAAACUGAUCACGUGCUCAAGUGCAAGAGGUCGUGGUCUGGACAUACUGUGUGGCCCAAAGGUUGUUUUACUGAUACACUGAUUAGGAUUUACAUUGUAUUCCUGUUUAUAUGGAAAUUACAUCAUUAUUAUUAUUUAUUUACAUAAUAAUUAUUAACAUCCACAUGCAUUAGUUGUCUUGGGCGAUUAAAAAAACUAUAAACAAAUUGCCAAAACAUUGAGAAAUUGUUGCACUUUGUCUCGGUAAACUAACUUUUGGGUCUUCGUGUAUCUAUAACUUGCAUUCCACACAAGUCUUUAGGCUGACAAUGGGACUUCAAUAUCAGCAAAAAAGAAAUAGCAACAUUUGUCCACCCUAAUCUUCUGAAGCCUUUCACGGACAACAAUAAACACCAAUCCACAAUUCCCUAACCCCAUGUGCCUAUCACGUAAAGGUAUCGUUAAAAUAUUGAUAUUCUGUAGUAUAAAUUGUAUAUAGUGUGGGUACCAAAAGCAUUGGUAUCACCCACCACUGCAGUAGUUGAGACUGGGUAGAGAUUAAACAGCGACUGGGUUGUUGGUUCGUUGUUCAUUGGAUAAAUGUGUGGCUCAGUAUAGGGAUUUCUCCAUGUUUUCAAGAGUGCCAUAUUGAAUUUAGCAGUAAUAAUGCUAAAGACUGGUAAACGUAAAAAAAAAAAGUUCAAAAAAAUUAAACAGAAGACAAUGAUCAUGAGAGAAAAUAAAGGCGUUCUAAAAUAUUUUUAUAUAUUUUUUUACAAAUUAUCAUUGAGAUUAUUUAUUUCUUAAGUUAUUUAAAGCAUGCAAUAACGUGCUCGUGCGUAAGGCAAGGCACAAAAUGCGGCCUCGGUACUUGCGCAGCACUGCGCGUUACCUAGCCUGUCCGUCACGUUUCUGUUGUCUCUUUGGUAAGAACAAGGGGGUAUAAAAAAAAUUACAGAUCCGUUUUGCCAUCAAGAGACGCCUGCUGUCAGUUUUUUUUUUUUUUGGGGGGGGGGGGCGGUUUGGUUUAAACAAAAAAAAUUGCUUUGUUCUUUUCACAGUCAUUGUCCGGUUGCCGUCUUGCUCAUGAAGUCCUGGGGACAGAAAGCCACUUAAAAAAAAAUGGCAUCGUAGGUAUUUUCCGUGAUGCUAUGUGGCCAAAAUAUGUUUUGACCAAUUUUGUGUUAUUAUGUUGUCAGUGACUUGAAUCUACAUUUCAAGAGACUGGAACUCAAGGUUGACGCAUGAAUGAAUCUUGACAACAAUUUAAUUGUUAUUCUCAACAGCCUGGUAAAAUUAACAAAAUAAGUGCUAGCAGUACAAACUUAGUCCCGAGCGGGGUACGUAAAAUAAAACUCAAUCAAAUUUCACUUUGGGGUGGAAGUGAUGGAUACAUACACGAUAGUAUGGGACACUAUUUAUAUUGUACAUGACAUCCACGAAGCCAGCGAAUUUUAAAACGACACUUUAAACAACGGCGGGGUGUAUCUAAUUGCUUCCAUGAGAGAGACGAAGGCGAUUGUUUAUAAUUGAAUGCCCUGUCUUCGGUCGACUGCGAUGGAGACACUCGCCUCCUCUGGUGUGCUCACACCCUGGCCAGGAACCCAGUCUCCUGAAACUCCGCUUCAAGCCACCAAGUGGCUAUACUCUUUGUCCUCGUGACCUUUAUAAAAGGCCUCCGAACACUUGGAAGCAUGCAGUUAGAACACAUCUGUCGGCAAAUCACGUUUUGCAAACGCAUGCACUCCUGUGUAUACUGGCAGCAACGUUAAAGUCCGGAUAGCAGGAGUGGUUUUUCUUUUAGGUCGCAAUUAAAUAAAUUUUUUGACGAUUAAGUCCUGUCGUCUCGUGUUUGGCUGCUCAUGGCUUCAUGGAUUAAAAUUGUUCCCAGAGGAACCAUUUCCCAGAUGAGCAAAAGCCACGACAGUCUCUCUUUGACCUUCAUCGAGUACUCAACAUGGUUUAUGUGUUCCUUACUUUAACACGUAUCGGCUAUUAACACAUUACCUCCCGUUCACAAUCGUUAAAAGUCCGCAAAGUAAAGCCCACUUGCAAGAACACCCUGGCUAGUUGUUUUUUUCUCUCUCUCUCUUGCUCUCUUGCAGGGCUGAUAUCGCCCCUUUUAUGCUGAAGAGAAAAACCCCAGGCGAUGCUCUUUGCCACUGGAGCCCACAGUAGGGCCUCAUGCAGCUCCCGCUGCAAUAUCUGCAUCCGUGUGUCACGGUGUGUGGGGGGUGGGUGCAAAAGGGCUGCCCCUCGUGCUGCGUCUUGAAACACUGCUGGGUAAAACUUGCUUCCCAGUGUUCUGAGACUUUUCAGCAUCUUGUCGUUUUAAACUGGGGAGUUGCUUUCUGGAAGGUGUGUAGUUGUUUGCAGUGUGUAGGUGUUUUUACCUGUGCUUUGAAAUGCGUUUAACAAAAGGUACUUUGUUUUAAUAUAUAAUUAUAUAAAUACAGAGAAUAUCUGUGCGUUUAUUGCUGGUGGCGAUGACAGUGUGCUGGUUUUCGUCGAUUCGACGUCACGAGGGCACGCAAAUUUCAGGCUUUCGGAUGAGGCUCACGCUUAACGUAAAGGUCACGAUCGCGAAGACUUAUUCGCCCCCACAGUGCUUGCCGCACUUUUGCCCACUGGGGGCUGUCGCUUUCUUUCACGGGUUGACGAUUCACGCCCUAAGGAAUGGAUGACCCAAAAAAAAAA